AAUAAUGUUUAUAACCAUCCUGUAUGUAGAUGAUUAUGCUUGAAGGUGCAAAGGCAACAACAGAAACUAUAGAUGCUAUGAGGACAGGAGCAUCAGCAAUGAAGUCUAUCCAGAUCUCUUUCUGGAGCAGUCUAUAUCCAGAAGAGACAUAUGAGCUUGCUUUCAACAUUACUUUCUCAGAAGGUAGUGCUGUUAGAAGGCAGAGUGUCUUCUUUUAUUAGGUAUCAAGACCCAGUAUGCAUGAUGAUUGUUUUCUUGAAGGAGCUGUGGCCAGAUGUAAAGGACUCAAAUUUAUUUCAAAAACAGAUUCAUUUCCAACAGCUGAUAAGCUAUUCCGAAAUAAAAUUUGGGUUGGAACAGUCGAAGGUCUUCCUGUCUAUUUCAUUGAGCCUCAUCAUCUGGCUAAAUUCUUCUGGAGAGGACAGUUUAAUGGAGAGAAUGAUGAUUUCAAGCAUUUUUCAUUCUUUAGUCAUGCAGCACCUGAAUUGCUUCUUCGAGCUGGCAAGAAACCAGAUAUAAUCCAUCACCAUGACCAGCAGACAGCGUUUGUUGCACCACUCUAUUGGGAUUUGUAUGCUCCUAGAGGUUUGAAUACAACUAGAAUUUUCUUUACAUGCCACAAUGCUGAAUUUCUCUUACAAGAAGUUAUGACGAUGCCAAUAUUAGGCAACUGAAGUAUAGAAGCCUCAGAAGAACCAACUCCGACUACCAACAUCACCCAGCCAACUAGUACAGAAGAUAGACUCUGUUGCAAGUUUUAUUAUCAAUAUUAUUUCCACUCUUUAAGUUCUGAACAUAAAGAACAUCAUUGUUGUUAUUUGCUGCAAAUAAAUUUAUUUAUUUAUUAUAUAUUUGUGGAUCUUUUUUUGACUGGAUUAAGUGGGCCUGGGUUGUAUUAUUAGAGUGGUUCUUUCACCUGCAACAUUAUAAAUAAAGUGGUGUAGAGGGAUCUUUCUAUACUUUUUCUUUUGCUUUAACACACUAGGUUCUAGCAGUUCAUAUGAUGAAAAAUAAGGAUUGCUUACAACUAUUCUAUGCAAAAAAAAGAUUUUGAAUUAA